UUCUUAUCGUUCCACACUUUAUGACAGCACAAACUGCAACUGCCCAACCUGUCUGGUCACUAUAAACAUUCAAAAGAAAUGGAAGGUUCGUCGACAGUGACCGAAAGCGAAAGUAUUCAAAAUCAAACUUACAUCAACAAAGAUGAAUUUUGUAACUGGCUUAUGAAUAGAGUGGCACGUCAAAGCACAAUGAUCUCAAGGGCAUACGGAGAAAAAAUUAUUCAGCUCUUGCGUGACCAACGGGAACAGGGUGUUGACCAGGAGCUUCGGUCCAAAUAUGGUGCAACUUUUAGAUUUCAAGUUAAAAAACGAAAAUUUCAACUAAUUAACGUAGUUGGCUUGGGUGAUAUAUUAUGUUUACCUAUAAAAGAUAAGGCAAAGUCUAGUCAUGCAAUGCUUGGGCAGCAUCGUCAAGUUAUAUUCAAAGAAGAUAUGUUUGAUGUGAUUGAUAAUGCUCACAAAAAUGGAGAACGACACCGGGGAUAUAAAGGAACAUUUAAGAAGAUCAACGCGACAUACUGCAACAUACCACGCGAAGUUGUCCACAAGUAUGUCAACAUGUGUCAGUUUUGUCAGAAAGCACAUGCUUGUUUUAUACCAACAACUCUGAGAAAUACAACGAACAAAUUAAAGAAAAGAGUGGAACAGCAGGUUCCAGCAAAGAAAAAAGAAAUCGAGAUGACAUUUUUGACAAGAUGUCAGAUUGAUAUAUUGGACAUGCAAGCUUUCCCUGAUGCCGAUGGUCAGUUUUCAUACAUUGGUCAUUUCCUCGACCAUCACACCAAAUACAAUGUGUUGUUCCCACUAAAACGAACAGAUCCCUUAUACGUUGCUCGAAAGCUUUGUAGGUACGUGCUUGGUCACUUCGGCUUGCCUCAUAUAUUACAUUCAAAUCUUGGACGAAAAUUUGUCGAUGACCUGAUUACAUGGGUUUUACAAUUUUGGUCAACUGACGCGCAAAUCGUAAAUGGUAAUCCACGUCUAAAGAAAAUGAACACGUUGAUACAACAGCGACAAAAGACGAUCAUGAUUCUUAUUGAAACUAUUCGUGCCAAACAAGGGGAUGUAUCCAGCUGGAGUGUAUGGUUACCAGGAAUACAAUAUUCGCUGAAUACAAACCAAUUCGAAUCUGAGAAUCCUCCUUCUUAUGAUAUUGUGUUUAAUCGAAGACCAAAAGUAUAUACAUAUGCACCUUCCGUUAAAGAGAUACCGCGGGAAGAAGAGAUGAUAGAAGGUGAUGAUACACAAGACAAUAAUAUAAAUGAAGUAAUAACAGUAUCUGUGUCGGAUUUCAUUCAGUCGGGAGAAGAGUCAAUAUUAAUCUCUCACAUGAAUCCACAUGAUCAUGAAAAGGUGAAUAACUCACAAAAAGAACUCUCCACAGACCUCUUGAAUACGGCCACGCUGGAUAGCAUUCCGCUUUCUCUAGGUGAUCAAUACGCUAUUAUCGGUACAGCCUUAAAUGUGGACACACAUACCAUACAAAUACCUGUUGUCAAUUUGGAUACAAAUACAUUAACCAUAACUGACCAAGGAAAUCAUGACGAAACUGGUCUUAAUGUGACAGAUUUUGACGAAAUUGGUGAUUCGGUAGUAAAAGAAAGUAUGGUUCCACACACAGGAGAAACUAGCGUGACUGGCUCGCUGGAAUUAAACAAUGAAAGCGUGAACACGUCAUUAGAACUAACCAAUGAAAACGUCGCAUCGCUUGAAUUGAGUAACGAUGGCGUGGAAAAUACAUUGGAGUUAAGCAAUCUAGAAAUGGACGUAAAAAGAAAAAGAAAGGAGGAUGUUGAAAAAUGUGGUGAUGAUGACAAAGAUGAAAUUGCUUGCUAUUCAAUGAAGGAUAUUCAACCAAAUGAUAUCAAUGUUGACACUGAGGAGGAGUUUUAAAUGAUAUCUGAUUGGCUAAUUUUUUUGUCUUUGAGGAGGAGUUUCGUUUGAUGUUUGGAAUGCUUGCUGAUUGGCUUAAUUCUCAUAAUUGAUUUUUUUAAUCGAGCAGAAUACAAUUAGAAUUUUGCUAUUUGGAUAUCUUUCCUUCACAAAAAUAUCAAGAAAGUUAUUUCACUUUAAGGCGGUUUUCCACUUAAAUGUAAUUAGUCGAAUAGAUCGAUGAAAAAUUAAAAAUAAAUCCUGCUUGUGCAA